AUGCGCCCCGACGGGUCUCUAGACCUAAAGGUGCUUGGAAUGAACAGCGGUACCGCCAUGGACGGCAUCGACUGCGCACUCGUCCGGUACCGGCAAGAGUCCCCAACCGCUCCCCUUCACAUGGAGGUUCUCAAGUACGACGAGAUACCCGUGCCACAGCGGAUGAAGAAGCCUAUCCUGAAGAUGCUCCGCGAGACCAGAACAACACCCAGCGCCAUGUCGCAGAUGAACGUCCAGCUUGGUCAGAUGUUCGGAGAUGCCGUGCGCGAGUUUUGCGACAAGCACCACGUCGACAUGGGCAGCAUUGACCUCAUCGGCUCCCACGGCCAGACCAUCUGGUUGCUUAGCAUGCCCAAGGAGGGCGAGACACGCUCGGCAUUUUGUCUCGGCGAAGGCACCAUCAUCAGCGCCCAGACGGGCAUCACAACCGUCACCGACUUCCGACAGGCCGAGCAGUCCGUCGGCCGCCAGGGCGCGCCGCUGGUUGCCCUGAUCGACGGCUUGCUGCUGCACCACCCCACCAGGACGCGGCUGUGCCAGAACAUCGGCGGCAUCGCCAACCUCUGCCUGAUCCCGGCCGACCGGGACGGCGGCGUCGACGCCAUGGUCGACUGGGACUGCGGGCCGGGCAACAUGUUCAUCGACGCGGCCAUGAGACACUACACCAACGGCGAGCAAGAGUACGAUAAGGACGGCCAGUGGGCGGCACAAGGCACCGUCAACCAGGCCAUCGUCGACGCCUUCCUCUCCUCCAACGAGUACAUCAACCACCCACCCCCCAAGACCACCGGCCGCGAAGUCUUCGGCGACAACGAGUGCCACCAGAUCAUCACCGCAUGCGAGGCCGCCGGCUGCAACAAAUACGACACUGUCGCAACCAUAACACGCAUCACGGCGCAGAACAUCGUACGGCAGUACCGGGCCUUCUUACCCAGCUACAACAUCAACCCGGACACGGCCAUCGACGACAUCUUCCUAUGCGGCGGCGGGGCGCGCAACCCGCACAUCGUGGCCUACCUGGCGCGCGAGCUGCCGCGCGCGCGCAUCCGCUCCCUCGACGAGACGGGCGUGCCCGCCGACGCCAAGGAGGCCGUCAGCUUCGCGCAGCAGGCCGUCGAGGCCGUGCUCGGCCGUGCCGCCCUCGUCCCCGUCAACAGCGACUCGCUAGCGCCUAACGGUAUUGUGGGUAAGAUUGCGCCGGGUCGGAGGUGGCGGGAGCUCGUGCGGAUGUGCGUUGCUUUUGGGGAUGGGUGGGAGGGGGAGGGGCCGCUGCCGACGGUGAAGGAGAUGGUGGUGGAUCGGGCGUAUACGGAGUGGAUGCCGUAG